UAUAGUUAUGGUAGGUACCACUGUGUGCUCUGCAAUCAACAACUGAACUGGAAGAAUCCGUUCCUCUUGUUCGAAUCGACAAUCUGAAGCAAAACAAACAAACACGAUCAAAGGAGAGAGAGAGAGAGAGAGAGCUCAUGGAUUGCCUUUACAAGGACCCUAACGCCCCUAUCGAAUCCAGAAUCCAAGACUUGCUCUCUCGGAUGACCUUGCAAGAGAAGAUCGGCCAGAUGACUCAAAUCGACCGUCGCGUCGCCUCUCCUUCCGCCAUCCGUCACCUCUCCAUUGGGAGUGUUCUCAGCGCCGGCGGUGGCGGGCCGUUCGAGAAAGCGACGACGUCGGAUUGGAUUAACAUGACCGACGGAUUCCAGCAGGCCGCGUUGCGGUCUCGUCUAGGGAUUCCACUGCUCUACGGCACUGACGCUGUUCACGGUAACAGCAACGUGUACGGCGCCACUGUGUUUCCUCACAACGUCGGCCUCGGAGCCAGCAGGGAUGCGGAAUUGGUUCGGAGGAUUGGGGUUGCGACAGCUCUUGAAGUUAGGGCUUGUGGCGCUCAGUUCACUUUUGCGCCUUGUGUAGCUGUAUGUAAAGAUCCCAGAUGGGGAAGAUGUUACGAGAGCUACAGUGAAGAUACUGAGAUUGUUAGAAAGAUGACUUCAAUAGUUACAGGUUUGCAAGGACAGCCACCCCAAGGACAUCCAAAGGGAUACCCAUUUGUAGCUGGAAGAGAGAAUAUUGUCGCAUGUGCCAAGCAUUUUGUUGGAGACGGGGGGACAAACAAAGGUACUAAUGAGGGCAAUACAGUUGCAUCGUAUGAUGAGUUGGAGAGAAUCCAUAUGGCACCUUAUCUGAACUGUAUUUCUCGGGGAGUUUGCACUAUCAUGGCCUCCUACUCUAGCUGGAAUGGGAGGCAACUGCACUCUGACCAUUUUCUCCUAACACAAGUUCUCAAAGAAAAACUGGGAUUCAAGGGUUUUGUCAUUUCCGACUCCGAAGCACUUGAUCGACUUUCUCAUCCAUAUGGUUCUAACUAUCGAAAUUCCGUCUUGUUAUCCAUCAAUGCUGGAAUUGACAUGGUGAUGGUGCCUUUUAGGUAUAAACUAUUCAUUGAGGAUUUGACAUAUCUAGUGGAAUCGGGAAAGAUACCUAUUGCCAGAAUUGAUGAUGCUGUAGAACGGAUCCUGCAAGUGAAGUUCGUUGCUGGAGUUUUUGAAUAUCCCCUGACUGAUAGAUCUUUGCUAGAUACAGUUGGUUGCAAGCUGCAUAGAGAACUUGCUCGUGAGGCGGUUCGCAAGUCCUUGGUUUUGUUAAAGAAUGGAAAGGAUCCAAGGAAACCGUUUCUUCCUUUAAAUAGGAAUGCUGUAAGAAUUCUUGUUGCUGGAACCCAUGCUGAUAAUCUUGGAUAUCAGUGUGGGGGUUGGACAGCUACUUGGAAUGGAGCCAGCGGCAGAAUAACUAUUGGCACAACUAUUUUGGAAGCUCUUAAAGCAGCAGUGGGAGAAAAAACCAAAUUGGUGUACGAGCAAUGCCCAUCAGCUGACACCUUUGCAACUCAAGAAUUCUCUUUUGCCAUUGUAGCCGUUGGUGAGGAACCAUAUGCUGAAACUGCGGGCGACAAUUCGGAGCUCACAAUCCCUUUUAAUGGAACUGAACUCAUUAGUUCAGUUGCGGACAAAGUUCCCACAUUGGUGAUUCUAAUCUCUGGAAGGCCAUUAGUUUUAGAGCCAUGGCUCUUGGAAAAGAUAGAUGGCCUGGUAGCCGCUUGGUUGCCCGGGAGCGAGGGAGAGGGAAUUACAGAUGUUCUCUUUGGAGAUUAUGAGUUCCAAGGAAGACUCCCUAUGACAUGGUUUAAAAGGGUUGAACAACUGCCAAUGCAUUCGGGGGAGAACUCCAAUGACCCUUUAUUUCCCUUUGGCUUUGGGUUAACAAGCAAUAACCAAAAGCUUUCUGAGUGAUCAGUCAUGUGAUGCACAGCUGGCUGAAGGUCUAAGUUCCUUAAUCCAAUGACGGAAGGCAGAGAUGGGCCAGCAAUUAUCCAAAUUUCCCACUUGCUGCAUGUGCAUGGAACUUGGCUUAAGAUGGAUAUGAGUCUCGAAGGGAUUAACUUCUUGGCAAAUUAUCCUUAAGGUUGUAUCCCUCCCUAAUACACAGUUGUUUCAGUUGAUAACUUCUUGUAAUUUGGAAGGUAUGCCUUCUACUUCUUUGUCUUUCCAUAAUGUUUGUUCUCCAAUAAAAUUUCAGAUUACCUAAAAGCAAAGCAAAAGGUAACCUAAAUUAUUGAACCCAUGUCAAAGAAAGUAGCAAUAUGUGAUAAGUAUCAAUACAGUUGCAUUAUUAAAUGAUCAUACCUCCACUCGAUCGUCCUUUCUCAUUUGAAUGCUGCCUUAUAAGUACCCAACUAUUGGUUAUCUGUCUCUAAGGACCUAUUUAGUGAAUUGGUGGCUUUCAGAUAUAUACUCCAUUUUCUGCUUCCGUCCUUGUGUUCUUUAACCCUUUAUGUUGCAGAUUUACUGUGGCUUAUUAUGCCUUUGUGUGUGUUUUUUUGGUUCUUUAUGAAAUUUAUGCCAGUUUGUUUGAGGCAGCUUCUGCUUCCUCAUAUAGUAGUUAGUAUAAUAGCUCAAAUAAGUAGGGAAAAGAAUCAGUAAAUCGGAAGCUUCAUUUUGAUGCUUUUGGCUUCUGCUUGUAGCAUAAUAAGCUUUUGUUAAAUCUAAGGUACAACAAGCACUGAUUGAAUCUCCCACCAGACAUCAAUACUGUACACAUACACACACAAGGGGAGAAGAAUCGGAAUAUUGUUUGCAAUAGCGAGGGGCCGGAACAAGUUAGCCGAAAGCGUUACCCCUGAUAUUGCAUGUGGUUGAAAUUACUACUGGUUAAUGUGUGGAUUGAGUUGAGAAUAAAGUGGGGAAGGUGCUUUACUCUGCAACUUGCUGGCAUAAAGGCUUUUCUGCUUUUGAAAAAGAGAGUGGGUUGGAUUUGUCACUUCCUACACAAAAAGCUAAAUGAAAAUGACCAUAUAUUUCUUGCUGUUGCCCUUGGAAUUCUUUGCUUAAGGGGUGGGGACUGAAUAUACCAUAUGCAAAGUGACAAGGGCGGUUACUGGGGAUGUCAAAGAAAGUUGCAGGAGAAAAGUGAACACAGCAGGGAAAAAGAGGUGGAAACAGCACAAGUACAAAUUGGUGAAAUCUGUUGUUACUUUUUUGUCAUUUUUAGCUUGGACAUCUACUCUAUGACUCUCUUGACCUACCCAUGACCACCAUGGGUUGAAACUGUACUGGUUGAAUGCAUGAGUCAUGAUCAACAAGGAGGAAAAACAAAAAACCAGUUGAAUUUGGUGAAAUGGAGACAGUGGAGGACUAUGUCAUCAUGUAAUUGUGGGACCAAGCUCCCAUCCAGUGUUGUUACCGUCCACUCCGGUCCAGUUUGGUCCUUGGUGGGCCCCUAUUAAGAUUGAUCAGAAUCGUUGUUCAUUUUGUAGAGCUCGUCGAUUAAAAUGAAUGUGAGAAAGAGUAGCUUGAUCGAACAUCGAUAGCUACGUGAAUGGAACAGAUUUGGGCAAGAAAAAAUGGAGGAUAGUUGCAAAUCCUAUUUUCUCAUGUCAUUUUUCCUCACAUAAAUCUUCUUCUUCUUUUUCAUAUAUCUCUCGAUGUUCGAUCAAUCUAUUUUUUUUUUUUCAGGUAUAAACUUGACCUGGAGGGUAAUGACACUGGGUAGGAGCUUGCUCCGUACUUGUAUGCAUCUGGUGUGCAUGUCGAUCUCGAGAGAGAGAGAGAGAGAGACCUAAAUUGAUGGGUCGUACAAAAGCAAGUGUGUUUGCAAUUCAUUAACUUAGAAGAAUUAUUGGCAAAUUAUAAUUGCUUUAUUGACUACUUAGGUAAUUAAUCAUCAUUCAAUUAUGCACUCCAUUGGACGUAUGAUUUAUAACAAAA